CGCCAACGACAAGCAAAGCAAGACGACAAAAAGAAGAACACAAAGCGAAACACAAACACUGCACGACCACGACCUUGUCGGCUGCCGUCCAAUCCAAUCCAAGCCAUCCACAACCACAACCACCAACCACCAUGUCUGAUCCAUCCUCAGCGUCCAGCUUGGCCUCAGAGGCUCUUCAAGUCUUGACAGAACAGGUGUUCACAAACAUGAAGCUAGCCACACCAGCACUGGAGGAACUGCUGAAGGCUGCCAGCAAGUACCACGCCGCCAUGGAACAAGCAAACGCAGCGGCCCAAGUCUUUGUCGAUGCGCUGGGCAAGGUUGCUGUCACGGCCAAUCGUGGGCGUGCUGCCACUCACGAGCUCGGCCAGUCCAUGCAGAAGAUUGCUUCCCAGCACCACAAGAUGGUGGCCGAUCGUGACAUCCAAACGCGGAAAAUGCAGACCCAGUUCAUUGUGCCACUGCAGAAACGCCUGCGCACGGAACAGAAAACCUUUGGCAAGAUGGAGGAUGACUUCAAGGGCAUGACCAAGCAAUACAAGAAUGAGCUGAAAAAGGCUGGCCAGAGCACAAUCAAAGCGCAGAAGACGGCGGCAAAGAAGAGCAAGGACGAGCAUGCGCAGGAAGUGAUGCAGAAGGCCCUCAAGACCAUGUUGCACAAGUCCAAGAGCUUUGAAGCCUUCAACCAGCGCUGUUUGCGCGCGUGCCUGAUCGAAGAGCGACGGAGGUACUGCUAUCUCAUGGACAAUUACGUCUCCGUGUUUGAGGACGAUCUCCGCAACUCCGGCGCCGCCGCCCUCGUCAGGGAGGUGCUUGAGCUUUCGGGUGCACCAGAGCAGCUUCCUGACAGCAGUCUCGAACUGAUUGCACGCAAUGGGAGCAACGGCGUGAUGUUUGAGGUGCCGGUGGGAGCCGGCGAGGAAAAAGAGAAGUCACUGCGCAGCAUUGAGCCUUCGCCGCUCACAAAAGAGCUCGAGCAGCGCUUCCACAACCACGACGACCACGACGACCAGCCGCAUCUGCUGCCUCCAGGAUGUCCACCAGGCGGUCUACGCUCGCAUACGUCAACGGAUGACUUGGAUGCGAACCAGUCGCGACGGAGCCGGCGUUCGCCCUCCUCAUAGCGCUGCAAUUGAGAGGCGACAUGAGAGCAAUGCAAGUGGUGUGGCUGGAGGCGAUGGUGAUGAUGUCGUGAAGCUGCGAAUCGUCACGUGUAUCUUGCUCGCUGGCACGAGCCACACUCAUCCCAUGCACACCACUCCAAAUACAACGACGGCGCUGUUGCCCCACAUGCAAAAAUCAACCACCGCCAUGGUUAAUACUCAGGCUCUCAUCCCUCUCACACGUGCUUGAACAAUUCCUUGCCGUUUUCAUGUCAGCAGUACCAUGCACAAGUUUGCUUUCCUUUUAUGUGCUGUUUCAGUCACGUCCAUCUGCCCCGCUCCCCACGCAGUCUGGACUGCAUGUCCGCUCUCGCUUCGUUGCGUAAUAUGAAAUGAAAUGAACUGGGCGCUGCCCCGUGAUAAUGACA